CCAGUCCGCCGGUGCGACAUUGUUAUAGUCCACCGCCUGGACCCCCAAUGCCAACACAUGGACAGGCUCCACCACCUGCCACCAUAGCAGCGGGCACUGCUGCUGCUGCACCACCGCCGCCCCCAUCUGCUCCAGGCAGACUCCUGAGUUGGAAUCACAGUGCUGCGGCUGCAGCUGCUGCCGCCGCUGCUGCUGCUGUGGCAGUGGCCUCCAAUCAUCAGCAGCAACAGCAGCAAUCCGCAUCCAAUGAACAGUCCUCGAUGCCUCGCCUCAAGGGCCAGAAUCUCGGACUCAUCUGUGUGGUGUGCGGCGACACUAGCUCCGGCAAACACUAUGGCAUUUUGGCUUGCAAUGGUUGUUCCGGCUUCUUUAAGCGCAGUGUCCGACGCAAACUCAUUUAUCGCUGCCAGGCGGGCACUGGACGAUGCAUUGUGGAUAAGGCCCAUAGGAAUCAAUGCCAGGCCUGCAGGCUCAAGAAGUGCCUUCAAAUGGGAAUGAACAAAGAUGCGGUGCAAAAUGAGCGACAGCCACGAAACACAGCCACUAUAAGGCCGGAGACACUGCGGGAGAUGGAACACGGUCGAGCCCUGAGAGAAGCAGCGGUGGCUGUUGGUGUUUUUGGACCUCCCGUGCUAUUAUCACCGCCCUGUUAUGGUUCUGGUCUGUUGCCUCCACCCUCUUUGGGCAGUCUGCCCACAGGACGUCUUUUGCACCACCAACAUCUUGGCUCUUCCAUGCAUAUGAAUCAUGCCAGCAGUUUUCCCAUGUUUAAUGCUGCAGCCACAGCCAAGGAGCAGAGUGUUUAUGGCAUGUCAGCCAUUUCGAUGGAACAAGUUUCACAUUCAACCAAUUCGAGAAGUAGUAAUCAUUCCAUAGAUCCCAGUUCUCCAGUUCCGGCCGAGACUACACCCAAUGAGAAGACAAAUAAUCCAAGUGGCAGCAUUUCAUCCAUAAGCUCAUCCAGUCCCACCAUGGAGAAUGAUAAUGAUGAUGACUCCAUAGAUGUGACCAAUGAUGAGGAACCACAUACGGGCGGCAGUAGAUCUACGGAUUCCGCUUUCAUAAUGCCUCAAUUUAUGUCACCCAAUCUCUAUGCCCAUCAACAUGAGACUGUUUACGAGACAAGUGCCAGAUUACUCUUUAUGGCCGUGAAAUGGGCCAAAAACUUACCAAGUUUUGCUCGUCUCUCCUUUCGUGAUCAGGUAAUUUUACUCGAAGAGUCCUGGUCCGAGUUAUUCCUUUUGAAUGCCAUACAAUGGUGUAUACCCUUGGAUCCCACAGGCUGUGCUCUCUUCUCGGUUGCCGAACAUUGCAAUAAUUUGGAGAAUAAUAAUAAUGCCAAUGGUGAGACAUGUGUCUCCAAGGAAGAGUUGGCAGCCGAUGUGCGAACCCUUCAUGAGAUCUUCUGCAAAUAUAAGGCUGUGCUGGUCGAUCCAGCUGAAUUUGCCUGCCUUAAGGCCAUUGUUCUUUUUAGACCCGAAACACGUGGCCUCAAGGAUCCAGCGCAAAUUGAGAAUCUUCAAGAUCAAGCUCAUGUCAUGUUAUCGCAGCACACAAAAACCCAAUUUGCGGCACAAAUCGCUCGUUUUGGCCGUCUUCUGUUGAUGUUGCCAUUGUUGCGUAUGAUCAAUUCGCAUAAAAUUGAAUCGAUCUAUUUCCAGCGCACAAUAGGAAAUACUCCCAUGGAGAAGGUGCUCUGCGAUAUGUACAAGAACUAGACAAAUCGAUUCUAUAUGUGUGGCUUAAGUUGUAAUGUAAUUGAA